AUGUUGAACAAGUCAUCGUCAUCACCAGCCGAAAAUGAAUUCCGCAGCGACACGUUCACCACACCGACGCCGUCCAUGUUGGCUGCCAUGACCAACGCAUCAUUCGGAGACGACGUGUAUCAAGAAGACCCCAUCACGAUCAAAUUUCAGAACGAAAUCGCACGAUUAACUGGAAUGGAAGAUGCACUUUUCAUGCUCUCUGGGACAAUGGGCAACCAAAUCGGAGUCCGGGUCCACCUCAAUCAACCUCCACACUCUGUGCUGUGCGACUACCGCGCUCACGUCUACGCCGAAGAAGGGUCUGGGUUGGCGGUGCUGUCUCAAGCCAUGGUGACCCCCGUCCAUCCGGCGAACGGUAUUUACUUGACUUUGGACGACGUCAAGAACUGGACCAUCCUGGGAGACGAUAUCCAUACAGCGCCAACGAAAGUCAUCAGCCUCGAGGUGACCAUAGGUGGAGUUGUGACUCCCAUGGAAGAGAUCAAAAAGAUUUCCGAGUUUGCGCGUGCCCAUGAUAUCAAGGUUCAUUGCGACGGUGCUCGCUUGUGGAAUGCCUCUGCAGCUACUGGUUAUUCUUUGGCCGAUUACUGCCAGCAUUUUGACACCGUGUCGAUGUGUGUCUCGAAAGGACUGGGGGCACCGGUUGGUGGAGUCCUUGCCAGCACUAAUUCUAGCAUCAAGCGGGCUAGAUGGUUGAGGAAGCAGCAGGGGGGCGGCAUUCGACAAGCCGGGGUGCUUACGGCUCCAGCCCUGGUGGCUCUGGAGGAAGUCUGGCCGACCAUGGAACAGACCCACGAGAAGACCAAGAGAUUAGAGAGAGACUUGGAGGCACUCGGUGUUGUUCCUCAAAUUCCGGUUCAUACUAAUUUCUUUUUCAUCGACGCCGAGAAGUCGAAUGUGAAUAUGGGGAUUUUGUUGGAGCAAUGUGACAGGUUCAACGUGAAGCUCAUGGAUGAACGAAUUGCUCUGCAUCAUCAAAUUAGCGAGGAAGCAAUUGAUAACCUCAAAGCUGCCAUUGCUGAAACGGUGAAAUUAACCAAAGCCUUGCCACCAGGUCAUGUAACCAAGGUCCCGGCGGGUGGGUAUGGGAGCACCUCGAAGAUGAAUGAGUACAGCUAG